AGUUUAAUGGUUAUCUAUCUGCAGUAGUAAAUUGGCAUUUGAUGUUCCCAGUCCCAUGUGUAAAUACUUCUUCAAAUUAAACAAUACAACAAAAUGUAUAAACAAACGUGCACCAAUCUAUUGGAGCUUUCGCCUGAUGAAGUUAAGGCCUGGCUGAAUAGUUUCGAUUCCGUUAUAUCCGAUUGCGAUGGCGUUCUCUGGGUCUACGGCAAGGCGAUUGCUGGCGCCGCGGAUGUUAUGAAUAAUUUGAAAUCCAUGGGCAAACGCAUUUAUUUUUGCACAAAUAAUUCAACCAAAACUCGGUCCGAGCUACUCGAAAAAGGCGUGGACCUGGGAUUUCACAUUACCGAGGAUGGCAUAAUAUCAACAGCCCAUGCGACAGCCGCUUACCUAAAGCAACGCAACUUUAAUAAAAAAGUCUAUGUUAUUGGAUCCGAGGGAAUUACGAAAGAAUUGGAUGCGGUAGGCAUUGCACAUACGGCAAUUGGACCAGAUGUUAUGCGGGGUAACCUGGGAGAGUUUAUGUCGAAGCAUUUAGUACUGGAGCCGGAUAUUGGGGCCGUUGUGGUCGGAUUUGAUGAGCACUUCAGCUUUCCCAAAAUGACGAAAGCCGCCUCGUAUUUAAGCGAUCCCACGUGUUUAUUUAUUGCAACCAAUACUGAUGAACGCUUUCCAAUGCCAACGCUGGUCGUGCCUGGUAGCGGUAGCUUUGUAAAUGCCAUUCAAACGUGUGCGGAACGAGAACCGAUUGUAAUUGGCAAGCCAAAUCCGGCUAUUUGUGAGUCGCUGGUCAAGGAAAAGAUCGUUAAUCCGGCACGCACUCUAAUGAUUGGGGAUCGUGCGAAUACCGAUGUUCUUUUGGGAUACAAUUGCGGCUUUCAGACCCUGCUUGUUGGCACCGGAAUUCACCAGUUGAGCGAUGUACAGCAAUGGAAGCUUAGCAAAAAUCCAGAGGACAAAAAGCUAAUACCUGACGUGUACCUGCCCAAAUUGGGAGAUUUGCUGCCUUUCAUUAUCGAUAGUUUGACCGGAGGCAGUUAUUAAUAUUAACUUGAUUUUAUUUUAAUUUAACCAUAUGUAUUCCGCUCAGGGACGCUACUAAAAUAAACAAUAGAAGGGAAUUUAAUUUAGACAAGGCAUAACCAAAA